AAUUUCAUACCUGUUAUUCCGUUUAGUAGUUCAUACCUAUUCAGGUGUACACUUAAAUAGUGGCCAAUUAGAGGAUAAGGUGUGUUUCGGACUUUUUGUGCUACCUUAAUAGAACUAGUAGACUUUUUCAGACAACGCCUUACAACCGGCUACGUCGAUCCUCUGCAUGUUUUCAAACGGAUCAAUGGAUUGAAAUACUCAUUCAACGGAAUUCACAACCAUUCAAUUUUAUUCUUUUCACUCUACGAGAACUGGUUGACAUAUUUUCAGUGAGAACUGAAUUGUUUUUACCAAAUCAGCAUCAAUAAUUCUUUGGACCCGAGAAUAAACCCUAAGAACAUGAGAAAAGGAUCAUAGAGUUUUAUUUUCCGAGUUAUUGGGAAAGAGAAACAAAAUAAUUGAUUUUGGCUUUUGAAAGGUGUGAAAUUGACAUUGUUGUGAAAGUGAUAAGGAUUUAAACCACGUGGAGAUGUAUGCCUCAACGAAGAUUCUGCUUCUCGUGUCUUUGAUGCUGGCGGCAUCAGGUCAGCAGCUAUUCACAAAGUUCCAAGGCGAUUUCGUCCUGUUCGAGUUUUGGACGAACGAUUUUUUAGAUACAAAUUCAGAUGCUUAUAUCAAUUUAAUACAAGCCUUAUCUGAGGAUAUUAGUUAUACAUUUUUAGAAGUCGAUGAUUAUAAGCGUGGAGAAGUCUUAAAUAUAAGAUUUGCAGAAGGAAAUGAUACUGAAGUAACGCUAGGUUUUGAGUUUUACAAUCCCAGGACGGAGGCGGACUUUAUAGAAUUGUUAAUGAACCUCACAUCUAACUAUACCUUACUAGGCAAUGGAUUCUUAGACAAAGUACACAAUAUAUAUGGAACUGAAAGUCUUUCAAUAUUCGAGAUAUCAUCAUCCAUUCCACCUGCCUCAUCAAGCAUUAGCCAAUAUUCAGCAAGUGUAAAUUUUGUAUCCACGACAGCUGACGUAUCAGUGUCCUCAUUGUCUGCUUCACCCUCCGCAGACGUCUCGUCCUAUGUGGGGUCAUUGAUAUCUUCCAGCAUUGAUGUUCUAAGGACAUCACAGCCAGAAUUUUCGUCAUCCCCAGUACUGUUGGAAUCCUCCGUCACAGACCAUUCACGAUCACCACAACAAGUAUUAUCAUCAUCCCGAAUUAUGAUAGAAUCAUCUGUCAUAGAUAUGUCUGCAUCAUCCGCAGUUUCUUUGAAGACUCCUGUGAUUUCCACAUCCGCUCCUAUAUCAGAUAUUUUCCAUUCAACAUCAGAAUUUGCUACGUCGAAGAUACUCCCAUCGUUAUCGGAUAACUUUGAUAUACUUCCGUCUUUAACUAACAUCGAUUAUUCGUCAGGUAUCGUAUUAUCGACUGUGCAAAAUACCUCCUCUCUUUUGUCGUCAGCUUUAACUGUUCAGCAGCUUGACUUUUCUGUACUCAACUCCAGCACUACAGCUUUCCACAAUACUCACAGCUCAUAUCAUGCACUUAACGAUUCUUAUGCCUCUGCUUCAUACUACAGCAACCUGCUUGCUUCCUUCAGCAAGACUUAUGCCAAAACUCAAUCUGCAAUUCCUGGCUCACCUUCACUUCCGCAAGUUUUUCAGUCAUCAGUAGAAGGCGAUAUAGAAUCUAAAAAAACGUUGUCGUUUGAUAUUAAUUAUUCUGCUAUUAUUAACAAUAGUACCAGCAAAUAUAUAUUGCCAUCCACAUCUGAGUUUGCAACUAACAGUACUGCUAUUGAAUAUAAGACUUUAGAUAUAAUACCUUCCAUGCAGUCUAAAGAUCUAUUAAAACCAAAUAUAUCUGUUUAUUCAAGUGAAACUAUCUCGAAUUAUUUGAAGCCAGUCUAUCUCAAUGGAAUUGAUUUCGAUUCAAUGACGUCAUUGGAUGAAGGCGCGGGGAUGAUCAAAUCAAGUGUUUUUCAAACGCUUUUACCACCAUCAUCUCUCAGUUAUGGAGUAAAAUCUAAAGACAUCUCGACAUCAACAAGGACACUUCUAUCAUCUCUGUCCACGUCAGACAUCGUAAAUUCAAGUUUACAGUCAAGCAUGUCGUCUGUGAUAUCAGAAAGUUUUAGUGCACAAAAAGGGAUACCAAACGCCAGUAUUGUCCAGGACAGCAAGCAGUCUACCUCAAAUGUCGAAGAAGUCACCCUUGGUUCACAGUCCCAAGACUUUCUCAUUGAACCUGCCCAGACUGCAUCCUUUUUGGAAGUACCAUUUUCGAUGCCUUUUUCAUUGCCAAUAGCGAACACACAUAGCAUAUCGCCGUUUAUCUCCAUUGAUAAUUAUAUAUCUUCGUUACAAGUAUCUUCAGCAGAAUACAUAUAUUCAUCGUCCUCUUCACUCAUCAAAAGUAACGCAACACUAGCUAGCAGCGCAACAUUACCUAGUAACGCAACACUAGCUAACAACGCAACAUUACCUAGUAACGCAACACUAGCUAGCAACACUCUGACUGCUUCAAGCAGUUUAGAAACAUCAACACUGUCAGAAGGACUGGAAAUUUAUAUCCCUGAAAUUGCUAUAAGACCAACUCCGGCAAAAGCUCAAAGUCAUUUUAUUGGAGAUAUACUUGGCGAUUUAGAACUUGAAGAUAUUCUUAACAACCUAUUGUUAGAAAGGCAGAAAUCACAGUCAUCAAUUACAAGUCAGAUCAUUCAAUCCUCUAACACGGAAAUAUCCAACACGUCCGUCAGCCUACCGAGUAUAACAUCACAAGUUUCAAUGCUACCAGUAACGGAAGAAGUUGUUGCAAAGAACCAAACCCAAGUUGAUGAAACAAGCCCAGGGUCACAUAUACCUAUAAUCAACAACAUAAUGACGUCAUCAUAUUUGCCGCCGAUGAAUUUGUCAUCAUUGCCACCUGGUUCUAUAAGUUCGACAUUGUCCCAAUAUUCUUCUGUAAUUAUGUCAAAGUCACCUACUGUUUCCGUCAUGUCGACUCAAUUUCUCCCAAAUACACCGGAAACAUCUCGAACAUCAUUUGAGCAAUUAACUCCAACAGAAUCCAUAGACACUUCAUCAAGAGUAAUCCUUUCAACAGAAGGAGUUACUUCCAGUUUAAUUUUGGAUACCUCAUCAAGCAUCGUUCAUUCAAUCUCGUCAACAUCUCAUGAAUCAAACAUUGGAAAUAAAUCCCCAUCAUCAUAUUCCACAUCAUCGUAUGUUCUCAGUCCAACAAGUGAAAAUUUGUCGUCAAUAUUGUCUACAGAUGCUAUCAUAAUGUCAUCACCGAGAGGUCAGAUUCCUGUAUCAGUGGAAGAAAGUGUCUCUUCAAAUAUGCUACCUUCAGAAGUUGACACAGAAUACUUUUCAAUAACACCAAGUUCAUCACUAAUCUUUUCAACACAAGACAUCCUUCUUUCAAGUUUAUCAGGUGUUUCAUUAGCUAGCAAAUUGCUUAGUCUCUCUACAUCAGAUGCUGUUCAUUUUCCAGAAAAAUCAUCCUCUGUUUUGGAAACGCAGAGUCAGGCAGAAGCUUUAUACACAUCUUUAUCAACAGAAAAACUGUAUUCGACCAGCCAGAUUAGUCUUGCUUUUCCAUCAAGUCAGUCAGAGGUUUUGAGUCAUUUUGAUAUUUCCACAUCGUCCAACCAAAUGGACUCUGUAAUAUCUUCCAGUCAAAUUAACAAUGUUACAUCUUCCGGCCAAAUUGACAUCAUUACAUCUUCCAGCCAAAUCGACGUUGUAAACACGUCGUUCACCCAAAUGGACACAGUUACAACUUCCCGUCAAAUUGGCAUCGUUACAUCUUCCAGCCAAAUUGACUAUGUAGCGUAUUCCACUCAAAUUGACACUGAUGUAUCUUCCACCCAAACUGACACCAUUACAACUUCCAGUCAAAUUGACACCGUGACAUCUUCCAACCCAAUUGAUUUUGUAAUGUCUUCCAACCAAAUUGACACCAUUAUGUCUUCUAACCAAACUGACAUUGUUACAUCUUCCAGUCAAAUUGACAUCAUUAUGCCUUCCAGUCAGAUUAACUUGGUAACAUCUUUGAGUCAAAGUGACAGCAUUACACCAUCUAUGAAUAUUGACUUUGUAACGUCUUCCAACCAAAUCGACACCAUUACAUCUUCCAGCCAAAUUGACACCGUUAUCUACUCCAGUCAGACUGACUUAUUAACGUCAUCCACCCAAUUUGACAACAUGUUUUCAAACCAAACUGACACCAUUAAGUCUUCAAGUCAAAUUGGCAUCGCUACAUUUUCCAGCCAAAUCGACUUAGUAACAUCUUCCAGUCAAAUUGACAUCAAUAUGUCUUCCAAUGAAAUUGAAACCGUUACAGCUUUAAGCCAAAUUAUGUCUUCCAGCCAAAUUAAACAUGUAACAUCGUCCAGUCAAAUUGACACCAUUACGUCUUCCAGCCAAAUUAACUUCGUGACGUCUUCCAGCUUAUUUAACACAAUUGACACUGCUAUGUCUUCCAGUCGAAUUAACUUUGUAAUAUCUUCCAGUGAAAUUGAUAUCAUUACAACUUCCCAUCAAAUUGACUUUGCAACAUCUAAUCAACUUGACAUCGUUACGCCUUCUAGGCAAAGUGACUUAGUAACGUCUUCCAGCCAUAUCAACAACGUUUUAUCUUCCAGCCAAACUGAUAACAUUAUGUUUUCCAACGAAAUUGACACCGUUACAACUUUCAGCCAAAUCAACACUGUUAUGUCUUCCAACCAAAUUGACUUUCUAAAAUCGUCAAGUCAAAUCGACAUCAUUACUUCUUCCAGUCAAAUUGACUUUUUAACGUCUUCCAGCCUAUCUAACACAAUUGACACUGCUAUGCCUUCCAGCCAAAUUGACAUCACUCAAUCUUCCAGACGAAUUGACUUUGAGAUAUCUUCCAGUCAAAUUGAUAUUGUUACAACUUCUAGCCAAAUUGACUUUGUAGCAUCUAAUCAACUUGGCAUCGUUACGUCUUCUUGGCAAAGUGACUUGGUAAAGUCGUCCAGCCAAAGUGACACCGUUAUGUCGUACAGCCAUAUCAACAACGUAACAUCUUCCAGCCAAAUUAAUAACAUGAUGUCUUCCAGCGAAAUUGACACCAUUACUUUUAGUACAUCGACGAUAAGUUUUCAGGAAUCCUUAAAAUCGGGGAUACAAACCCUUGAAUCAUCGUUUAAAAUCCUCGAUAGUUCUACAUUGACAGUUGAUUCGCAAUUCUCAACUUUAACUAUUUCAUCCGUAAAAAGAUCAUCAUUGGAUUUGAUCACUUCUACUGUUGACAAGUUUGCGUCCUCGUAUGCUACAACUUCGUUUCCUUCGUCGUCUACUUACACAGGUACAUACUCCUCGAUAGUACCCUCGGACACAAGAACUGAUUUAUCAUCAGAUUUGCAUAAAUCAUCACUACUUGUCAGUAAAAGCAAGCCAGACUUCUUUUCUUCAUCAUCAAUGUUAUCGACUAUUUCUCCCUCACAUGAAUUAGUUGAUACAAGAAUAAUUUCGAGUGAACAAACUGCCCAAUCGGUUAUUCAAACAGAAAAUCCAGACUUGCAGUCAUCCAGUAGUGUGACGGACUUGUUGCUUGAGAUGAGAAGCUCUAUUUCAAGUGUAGAAUCUUCCUAUGACUUUCUUUCUACAGCAUUUACGAAACAUGAGUCUGCACACACAACGUCAUUGCAACGUUUGUUUUCUACUGAAUCAUUCUCUGAUUUGCUGUCUUCAAGAAGUUAUGUUUCACUAUUCGCAAGUUAUGAGUCAACAACCCUAUAUUCUUCACAGGAGACACAAACGCUGGAAUCCAGUGCUUUCUCCUCAGAAUCUGACUUUUCAGUCUCCCCAAGUGAUUGGGAAACUGCAUUGCGAGCUUCCUCCGCUUCGGAUAUAUAUUUGGAUAAUGUGUCGCUUAUACAUAGCUCGUCAAACAUACCAAGUAUUUCUACAACACAGCGCAUAGAAUCAACAGAACUCUUUUUAAGUUCUCAAGAUGCUGUGAUUUCAAGUGAAGAAGAAGGCGCAUCAUCCUCAUUCAUAAGGAUGGAAUCUAGUUCAUAUUCAGAUGUUAUCUCUUCUAGCGAUCAACAAAAGUCUUCAGUGUACCCGAGUACAUCAUUAGACAAAUCCUCUGACUUUCACAGUACACCUGUAUUGUACAGUGCAGAAAUCAGUUCAACAAUAUCGUCAUUGAGUAAUGUCUUGGAACAGCAAAGCUCACAUGAAAAUGUAUUUUUGUCAAGCAACAUGGAUAGUAAAAUUCCGUCAUCGGCUUUUAAAUUUUUAGAAAGUUCCUUGUACUCAACGUCUGCCGCAAUUUCAACAGAAAUACCUAUUUCGUCAAGUGAAAGUUUUUUAAUGUCAAUUGCGCAAUCUUCCUACACUGCUUCAGUGAGUGCCACAUCAUCACAAAUGUCAAAUAUAGAGAAUCCUAUAUCAGUGACGCCAUCAACAACGGCACGCAGCACUGGCAUAUUACCAACAAUUUCAUUUUCCACACUGCUAUCGACUACUGGUGUAGAAUUCUCUAGUUUUGAAAUGCCCUCAGAUAUAGUUAUCAGCUCAUAUUCGCUGCUUUCAAGUUUGGAGAUGUCUCUUUUAUCAAGUUCUUCGAAUGAAUUAAAAUCUUCAUCAAUACUUAAGGCAAUGUACUCAUCUGAUUCAGGGUUGAUAUCAAUGUGGUCAUCUGAAGUUACAUCACAAAUUACACCAUCUUCCAACACUGUCAUUUCAAGCUUCCAAACUGUGGACAUGAAAUCAUCAAAACCAACAAUGGAAACACCCGUGUCUUCAAAUAUUAUAUCAUCAACUGCUUCUGACCGUCAAACAAGUAUUGGUAGUAGCUUUACCGAAUCGUCUUCGUUGUUUGCUACAGAUUCGGACCUAAUCAAACCGCCAUUAGGAUCUUCAAUAACGACGUCAUCUUCAAGAGUAGAAAUGUCGUCGGUCAUCGAUCAGUCAACUUCAUUGCAUCCUGCACCAUCAUCAUUAACUUCGCGUUCAAUUGACACCGAUGGCUUAAUUUCAAGCUUAUCUCAGGAGGGAAAAUCUGGUUCCAUGCAUAUUAGUAUGGCAGAAAGUUCAAGUUUUGUUUUACAUUCAUCCACUUAUUUAUCAACUGCUUUGACGUCGUCCUCCAAAGCCUCUCCAUUCGUAACCUCGUCUGUUUCUACGAUUUCAUCAUCGGAUUAUAUUUCACAGACAUCCAUUCAACCAAACUCAACAGUAUUAACAACUUCUUCUCGCGAAUUAAUUGUGUCAACAAGCUCGCUUAUCACGACGUCAUUGAUUCCAGGUGACGUUUAUAAAACAACACCAAUCAAUAUUGUUUCAUCAACAACGAUGCUUGCACUAACAAGCUCUUUCGUUUUGAGUGAUUCCACUGAUGUGUCUGUUUCACACACUGCUAAUUAUUCCUCUGCACAUCUGCAAAAUUCUUCGCUUGUUUUAUCCCCAACACAUAGUACACAUGUAUAUUUUUCUUCACAUUUAGUAGAUUUCCCUGUAGAUUCGUCAGGAGCAAUUUCAUCAUCAGCUAGAGAUGACAUAUCAGCAUCUCCAUCAUUCCUUGUUUCCUCAGAGAUUUCAUCAGGAGUAUCCAGUGUUAUAGGGUCUUUUUCUACUGUUCCGGAUUCAACGACUGUUCUAUCCUUAACAACGACGAUUGAGUCAUCACCACUUCCAAGAACAACUGCUAUUAUUACUACGCCGCCAUUGUCUUCAACACUUGACUCCUCAUCAGUAUCGCCAGGUGACGUGCCCACAGCAUCUAAAGAAUAUGUUGCGUCAUCAUUCGUACAAAGUACAUCUAGCGGUGAAACAUCACUUUCUUCAUCGGCUGUGAUAACUCCAGAUCCCUCAUCAAUAGCAACUGACGUUUUCUCCUUUUCGACAACACCACUGCAUACAUCUUCACUAACACCGGUCCCAUCACCAACUUCAACAAUCACAGACAUCCCAGCGACAACCAGUGCGGUUCCAGAAUCAACUUCAUUUCCUGACACAACACCUGUCGUUUCGAACACAUCGACCACUACACCAGUGGUUGCAGAUACAACCACCUCAUCAAUGUCACUACAGGUCAUCUCAGCAAAACUCCGAAUCGUUAGUCAGGACUGGAAACCAGGGUAUGCUGACCAAAAUUCCGAUGACUAUCGGGCUUUGUAUAAGCUAGUCAAAGACACUCUUUCCGGAGUAUAUGGUUCAAGUUUGUACGGCCAACGCUUUGUUGCAGUAUCUGACAUUGUGUUCAGACAAGGGAGCAUAAUUGCGGAGUUCAACCUCGUUUUCACGGACGGCGAUGCUAUAGACACGGACAACCUUAGUAAACACAUCAACGCCAUGUCACAGAUCUUGCCACCAGAUGUCCAGAUUGACACCAAUUUUACCUCACAUACAGCCCUAAGCACGGAACCUGUAACGACCAUGAACCCGACUAUUGAAGGUAUGACAACGCGAUCCUCAGUGACAUCACCAACCAUUACCCAUAGUCCAUCAGUGACAACACCUCUCAUUACCCAUGAUCCAACGGAAAAACAAGAGACAUCUAUGACAACAACCAUCCCUGUUACAACACAAAAUGUGACCUCAGAGUCUCCCACUCCUCCGAAAACAACAACAGUUCCACAGACAACAACAGGAAGUGAAGCACCGCAUUCCAUAACAACAGAACUAAGAACAACAACCCAGGUGACACAGGCUCCAUCAUCAGAUGUUGUAACAUCAGCAAUCCCAGAAAACAUAACAACUCCAACCCUCACAACACAUUCUUUGACAACAAAACCGGACACUUCUGAUGUCCCAAUAACUGCCAUAACAACAGAUAAGUUUACUACAACGAAAGAACCCUUGUCUACAACAACUGGCGCACCAACAUUACACACCUCGACAACGCCAUCAAACGGAAGUACAACAAUGGAGACAACAACGGGAAGUCCAACAUUAACAAAAACAACUGUACCUGAAACCAGCACAGAAUCAACAACAAAAACAACUGUACCUGAAACCAGCACAGAAUCAACAACAGACGCAGCGCAGACUACAGAUAUACUGGUACUGAGGGAAUUUGAAGUCACAAUUCGAAUUUUGAACGAGGUCUGGAAUCCAUUGUAUGCUUUGUCUACUUCCGAGGACUAUGAGAGACUGAAUAAUGAGUACAAAACAUUUCUCUAUAACACUUAUGACCUUGGUACAUACAGUGAUCGGUUCAUGGAUAUUUCGGAUUUACAGUUCAGAGAAGGAAGCAUCAUCAUGAGAUAUACUAUCAUGUAUAUCGGAAGUGGACCCAUCGACACACAACCCCUCAAUAUGAUGAUCAACCAGGCUUUUAAAGAUGGAGGUCUUCCUCCCGCGGAAAUUGAUCCCAAUUUUACCUCACAUCAAGAAAUACUGUUGGGCAUCUCCACAACCACUCCGACCGUUGUAACAACCACAAGACAUGCAGUGACAACUGAUGUGACGUCAUCAGUAGCAACAGAUACUGCAACAACUCAAGCAGUAACUACAAGUAAAACAACACAGUCUACAACAACACAAAAAGCAACAGAUGAAACAACACAAGGGGUAACAGAUGAAACAACACAGGUUGCAACAACACAAGCAGUAACAGAUGAAACAACACAGGCUGCAACAACACAAAAAGUAAUAGAUGAAACAACACAGGCUGCAACAACACAAAAAGUAAUAGAUGAAACAACACAGGCUGCAACAACACAAAAAGUAAUAGAUGAAACAACACAGGCUGCAACAACACAAAAAGUAAUAGAUGAAACAACACAGGCUGCAACAACACAAAAAGUAAUAGAUGAAACAACACAAGCUGCAACAACACAAAAAGUAAUAGAUGAAACAACACAAGCUGCAACAACUCAAGCAGUAACCGACAAAACAACACAGGCAGCAACAACUCAAGGAGUAACAAAUGAAACAAGACAAACUACUACAACAACUCAAGCAGUAACAGACGAAACAACACAGGCAGCAACAACACAAAAAGUAACAGAUGGAACAACACAAGCAGUAACAGACGAAACAACACAGGCAGCAACAACUCUAGGAGUAAAAGAUGAAACAACACUGGCUACAACAACACAAAAACUAACAGAUAAAACAACACAGUCUACAACAACUCAGGAAUCAAUACGAGAUACAACUGAAGCUACAACAACACAGAGAGUGACAGCAAAUCAAACAAAGCCAGUAACAACACCGCGUGUAACAACAGAACAAAUGUCAACCAUUCCUCCAGUAAUUACAACCGACAAGUCAUUGCAAGACUUUUCUGUCACCAUUCGAAUUCUAAGUGAGGAUUGGAAUCCUUUAUAUACCGACCCUACCACUGAAGAUCAUUUGAAUCUGACAGUUUCAUACUAUCCAGGCCUUUACGAUGCCUAUACUUUCGGUACUUACGGGGACAGAUUUCAGGGAUUUAUAAGCGAAUUCAAGUACAGCGAAGGAAGUGUGAUCGUCACAUACCUCGUCAGGUUCAUUGGUAGCGGACCCAUCGAUCCUCAAAUUCUGAAUUCAGAAAUCAACAAGUGGUUCAAAGACGGCAAUUUUGGUCUAGAUAUUGUGAUAGAUCCGAUCUUCACUUCACACAUAGAGACAUCACAGACAACUGUUCCUUCUGUUCGAUCAACAACAGAGAUUCCAGAGACAACAAGUGAAGAAGUGACCACUACAAGUGUUGUUUCAACCAGUGAACCUCAAGAGACAACUAAACCACUAACAACAAAAGGUUUGACAACUCAGUAUUCCACAACCACGCAGACAUCAACCAUUGAAUUCCAAACAACUCCAACAGUGCCUGUAACUACCACAGGGGCGAUCACUCAAUCUCCAUCUACAACAAUCGAACCGGAAAUGUCAUCCAAAUACCCAGAAGGCGUAACAAAUGCCUCCACCACUGAAUCCAUUAUUACAACCCGUGUCCCUGUGGUCACCAGUGACGUAAUUGAUUUCAAAUCCACAACACCAACAGCCCCAGGAAUUGAGACUUCCACAACAGAAGACGUUACAGUAACUACAUUAGAUACAACAACUGAAGCACCGACAACUGAUGUCCAAACAACACAAUCUCCAACAACGGAAGUUCCAAUAACAGCAAUACCCCUGACAACGACUGAAGCAAUAAGUCAAACUGUUACAACUCAAGCAGCAACAACAACACAAUCUCCUACUACAACAACAUUAGCUCUUACAACAACACAAGUUCCUACAUCAACACAAGCUUCUAUAACAACACAGUCUCCUAAAACAACAGAAACACUUACAACACAAUUCGUAACAACAACUAAAGCUGAAACAACAACCAAAGAUCCAAUGACAACUCAAUUUUCUACAAUGAUAGAUACAUCUACAACAACACAGGCUUUGUCAACAAUGCAGCCUAUAACUACAACACAGGCUACAAUAACAACACAGGCUCCAACAACAACACAGGCUACAACAACACAGGCUCCAAUAACAGAGCCCCCUACUACAACAACACAGGCUCCUACUACAACAACACAAGCCUCUACUACGACAACACAGGCUCCUACAACAACACAGGCUCCAACAACACAGCCCCCUUCUACAAGAACACAGGCCCCUACAACACAGGUUCCUACUACUACUACUACAACAACAACACAGGCUCCAACAACAACAACAACAACACAGCCUCCUACAACAACAACAACAACACAGGCUCCUACAACAACAACAACAACACAGGCUCCAACAACAACAACAACAACACAGGCUCCUACAACAACACAGGCUCCUACAACAACAACAACAACACAAGCUCCUACAACAACACAGGCUCCUACAACAACAACAACAACACCACAGGCUCCUACAACAACAACAACAACAACACAGGCUCCAACAACAACAACACAGGCUACUACAACAACACAGGCUCCUACAACAACAACAACAACAACACAGGCUCCUACAACAACACAGGCUCCUACAACAACAACAACAACAACACAGGCUCCUACAACAACAACACAGGCUCCUACAACAACAACAACACAGGCUCCUACAACAACAACAACAACACAGGCUCCAACAACAACAACAACAACAACACAGGCUCCAACAACAACACAGACUUCAACAACAUCAGAAAGUACAACACCUGUUGUACAACAAACAGUGAAUGCUUCAAUUAGAAUCACCAGCCAGACUUGGAAUGCCAAACUCGCAGAUGUAAAUUCUGGGGAAUAUGAGACACUCAAGAAUAAGAUAUAUCCUAAACUUCUGGAAAUUUACGGAGAAAGUGCAUACAAAGGUCGAAUAGUUGGUAUCGUGAAUAUUUCAUUCAGGGAAGGAAGUGUGAUUGUUGACUACGGUGUGCAAUUUUCCGGAAGUGAAUCCAUUCUGUCUGAUCAGUUGAAUACCAUACUCAACACUGCCGCUAAUAGUGGGGCAUUUGGAUCUAAUAUCACAAUAGACAUCUCCUCGACAUCACACAACAAAAUACCCGCUGUACCUACUACUACUGAAAAACCGACGAUCACAACGGAACUUCCGGUCACGCCUGCGGACUUCAUUGUUCCUAAUUGGGGUAUUGCUGUCAUAGUGUGUGGGGUGGUUGUUCUAGUCUUCCUGUUAGCCAUGAUUUGUGUGCUGUGUUCAAGACGACAUACGAAACAGAAAUACCGCAUGCCAGAGGAUCCUGACGACAUAGGUUAUAUUCGAAAGUCCACCGGAAGUGAAUUUGCAUACGAUAAUAAUAUUCCGAAGGAAACUAUGACAGUUGAUGAAGAAAUCAAAGCCCCUGCACAAGUGUAUCAUCUGAAAACAUCUGACUUGCAACAAAACACAGGCCCGGAUUUACGUCAGAACGGAAAUACACAGGGGCAAGAAAAUGAAACGACUAAUUUCGUCGAUACAGAGGAAUUUCGAGUUGAUGAAAUGCAUCAGUCAGAACCAGUCAGUUCUGAAGAGAUUCAGCUCCAAAUAACAGAUAGCAAUAGGCCCGUGUCCUCGCUCUUACCUGAUGAUCAUAAAGAAGGCGGGGCCACUUAUAAUGAAGGAGAGGCUGUAGUUAUAGACACAGAUAGUUACACCGGAAGUGUUGAAAAAUCUCAGAGCGAGACUGAAUCAUUGAACUUAGAUGAAAACAUGUUCGAAUCCCUUAAAGAAUUCCCACGGACUAAUUACGAUGAAGAAAAAGAGGUUUGGCAAACACAUCUUUAGAUGACGUGAUCUAUCGACGUCAUUGGCUGGCUUACCCUUCUAACACUGCCAAAAAAACACGCACCACCACAGUGUAAGGUAAUCGAUACAAGGUCAGCAGACAGUUAUGACGCCGUGUUCAAGUCACAUGAUCUUGGUACGUUGUCGUUAUGCAAAACCUUCAUGUUUUCGCUCAAAAACAAUCUCUUAUUAUCAAGAUUGAGUGUAUUUUACCAAAAGAUUAAUAUAUUGAUAUGGUAUGUGAAUAUCAUGUGUGACGUAUAAUCAAAAUAUGGAGAUUAUAUAAGGUAUUAUUUUUUUGAAUUUGUGUACAUUUACAUGGGUAUGUGUGCAUGGUUUACUUUUCAAUGAAUGAAUGUUGUGACUAAUGGACAUGCUGUCUUUAGGACAUGGGUAAUGCGGAGUUGUGCAAGGAAUUUAUUUUGUAUACAUCUUUGGUGACGUAAUAUUAUGUGCAUUUCGUUGACACAACAUGGAAGAACAAACGAUGGUGAAAGUACGAUAUAUUUAAUAAAACUUAAUACGUAAUAAGUCAUUAUUAAAAAGUUUCAAAUACUACGUGCAUGUAUCUUGUCUCAAGUGUUUACCGUUUACUAGUCAGCUCCUAGACAAAAUUAUAAAAAGUUGAUUUAUUUUCUAAAUAUUAUGAUAACCUGACGAGAUUUUUAAAUGUUAAUGUGAAAGAACCACGUGACAUUGUCUGUGAUAGUGGUUGUUUGCAUAAUUAUGAAUAUGCUGUAUGUCUCUGUCUGUGGUCUCGCUAAAAUCACGUCUCGGAUCAAUCGAGUGGUUUUCUUAGUAUGUAGUAAAGAGGAGUAUAUGGGUUUUUUUUAAGUGGCAUUUAUUGUUUUACUAGUUUAUGUACAUUUAAACUCAUUGUCAUAUUCCAUUAAUGCAUUGCUUACAAUGUUUCAAUCCGUGUUACAUAUGUAUUUGCCAAUCGUUGUUUUAUCGACCAUAGUAGCUAUGCAAAAGAUUAUAUAUUUAUUCAAGCAAUAAGAGAGUCAGGGUAUUAUUGUGAUUAUCAUAAUUGUAUGACGCCAUUCACUAUAAAGAAAAACAAACGAGUUGUGAUUUCUUCAUAAUUGUAAUGGAAAUGACAACGAAGCGUGUGUGUUAUUUAAGGAGAAGAGGUUUGCUUUAUGCUUUGUACAGAUAUGGACGUAUGUGCGUGUGGAUGAAUUGAUUUAUGCAAUGGUAUUAUGUGAAAAUAGAUUUUGUGAGUACAUAAGAUAUUACUUUGGUUUCAAAAGUUUAUGUACCGUGUUGUCUUUGAACUUUAUCUGAGAUUUCAAUUAUAUAUUUAUACAAUGAGAUUUAAAUUUAUAAAAGACUGUAUAUGUGAA